AGUCGCUGGCAGUGAGCUGAGACUGUAGGAGUUGGCAGUUACCGGGGAGACCCGGGAAAGGGAAGUCCGCCAUGGUUCCCAAACUGCAGGGUUCUCAGGGGUGCCCAAGACCCAGUGGGAGAGGAAGGAUAGUUUGGGGAGAAGCAGAGGAGGUGAUGGUGGAGGAAGAAGCGAAUGCGCAGGCUGAAGCGCAAAAGAAGAAAGAUGAGACAGAGGUCCAAGUAAACCGCUAGCUUGUGCACCCAUGGACGCCACAAGAGCAGAAAUAAGGAAAGCCAGAGGCCGGGGACGCUGGUACAACUUGUUGGACUGCAUGCCUACUGUCUAGAACUUGUCACAGUGGAUCUAGAACAUCCAUCGCCACCUGAUCGCCGGGACCACCUUUAAGAGACCCACCUUGCUCAUACCAAAACAGUCCCUUUUGGUCCUUUGCCCUGGGCCUGUGACGUUCUGGACUAGUUCUGUUCUGACUUGUGGCUGAAUGUAACACGUGUACAAUAAAUCAUCUCUUUUGCUGUCCUAGCUGAAGAAAAAGUCUUGUCUAUUCUGUGGCUUUUAUGGUUCCGUUGGCUGGGGAUUCUGUAUCGAUGCAGUCGGCCCUGUGCUGUAGAGAGCAGCAAGCAAACUACAUGGGCUAAACCCGGGGGCGUGGGCCCCGCCCCUCGGGGCUGGUGGAGUAUUGGGUGGGAAAGGGUGUAGUACACCCCAGGGGACGGGUUUCAAGGUGGUCGCGGGCAAUUUAGGGGCAAACGGUGGUUUGCGCCGCCUGGUCCAUCGUCUAGCCUUACAUUACUAAGUCAAGUCUUUGGGUCCUACUGUGCUGUUGGGUCGGGUUGCCAUGGUGACACGCAAAGCUUGCUGGGAGCUUCCUACAGCUAGGCGCGCAAGUACUUCACACACCGUAGAGUAUAGUUCCGGGUCUGGUGGCUAGAGCGACACUUCCGCAGGAAGCGGAAGGGCGAUUGGGUAGGCGGCUCUUUGUCGAAGCUACAGGACCGGCAGGCGGCAGCAGCAACUACGGCGGCGGCGGCAGAACCCAGCAGUGAUGUGGAGGUGGAGACCCACAGGAGCCCCGGACUUCACCUGAGCUACCUCAGUGGUCACCAAGGGUGGCAAGAAAAGGAAGAAAGCCCUGAGUUGGAGGGGACCAGGAUGCCUGAUCGGGACAGCUAUGCCAACGGCACUGGGAGCAGCAGUGGAGGCCCUGGAGGUGGUGGCACCGAGGAAGCCAGUGGGACAGGGGCAGGCAGUGGUGGGGCCAGCUCAGAUGCCAUCUGCAGAGACUUCCUGAGGAAUGUAUGCAAGCGAGGCAAGCGUUGCCGCUAUCGCCAUCCAGAUAUGAGUGAGGUAUCCAACUUGGGAGUGAGCAAAAAUGAGUUCAUCUUCUGCCAUGACUUCCAGAACAAGGAGUGUAGUCGCCCAAACUGCCGAUUCAUCCAUGGCUCCAAGGAGGAUGAGGAUGGCUAUAAGAAGACGGGAGAGCUUCCCCCUCGGCUGAGGCAGAAAGUGGCAGCUGGCCUGGGCCUUUCACCAGCUGACCUACCAAAUGGCAAGGAGGAGGUCCCUAUCUGCCGUGACUUUCUCAAGGGUGACUGUCAGAGAGGAGCCAAGUGCAAGUUCCGUCACCUGCAGCGGGAUUUUGAGUUUGAUGCUCGGGGUGGAGGAGGAACUGGUGGGGGGGGAUCAACAGGCCCAGUCCCCCCAGGACGACGUCAUGAUCUCUAUGAUAUCUACGACCUCCCUGACAGGGGCUUUGAGGACCAUGAACCAGGCCCCAAGCGCCGGCGAGGUGGAUGCUGCCCCCCAGAUGGCCCCCAUUUUGAAUCAUAUGAAUAUAGCCUGGCUCCACCCCGAGGGGUGGAGUGCAGACUACUAGAGGAGGAGAACGCCAUGCUCAGGAAGCGGGUAGAGGAGCUCAAGAAGCAGGUUAGCAACCUCCUGGCCACCAAUGAGGUACUGCUGGAACAAAACGCUCAGUUCCGCAAUCAGGCCAAGGUCAUGACCCUGAGCUCCACUGCACCAGCGACUGAGCAGACUCUGGCCCCCACCGUGGGCACUGUCGCCACUUUUAACCAUGGCAUUGCCCAGACUCACACUACUCUCAGCAGCCAGGCUCUACAGCCUCGACCCGUGUCCCAGCAAGAACUGGUGGCCCCUGCUGGAGCUCCAGCUGCUCCCCCAACUAAUGCUGCACCUCCUGCUGCUCCACCACCCCCACCCCCACACUUGAACCCAGAGAUCACACCACUGUCAGCUGCUCUGGCUCAAACAAUUGCCCAGGGAAUGGCACCCCCACCUGUCUCCAUGGCUCCUGUGGCUGUAUCUGUGGCUCCUGUGGCCCCUGUGGCUGUAUCGAUGGCCCAACCUUUGGCAGGAAUCACAAUGAGCCACACCACCACUCCCAUGGUGACUUACCCCAUCGCUUCCCAGAGCAUGCGUAUCACAGCCAUGCCACACUGAUGGGCCUAAUGGACACUACCCUGGAAUAGCCUCCCAGGGCUGGGCUUGAGGGGCCCUUACUCACCCACUCGCCUAGCCCUCCCAGGCCCUGUCUGAAGGGCUCACUCAAGAACUAGGACAAGAGACUACAAGGAGUUUGCUUCUGAGAAAGGGUUGGGCUGGUGUGUUGUGUCUCACCUCCCCUGUAUGAGGGUCCUCUUGUCCAUCUUCCUUCAAGCCUCACAGAGGGGGCUUGCAUGGGAGUACAGACUGAAGCCAGCAGAGAGCAAGGACUGACUAAAGGGCUGUAUGUCUGCUGAUGGGAAGUUGGGGACAUCCCUGGUAUUGUCCUCUCUUCUGCACAGCACAGGUUCCAGCACUGGCUUUGGAAGAAAAAAAUACCCUGCCCAGAGGGAAAGUCAGGAAAGAUUGGGAAGUGGGUGGCCAGGAGGGAAGGCCUAACAGGAGCCUUCAGACAAUUUGGGGCCUAGUUGAGUUGGACAAUAUAGGAACUGCUCCCAGGCCCGUGGGAAGGCGGGGACCAUAGUACUCCAGCCCAAAGAAUAGGGGAGCGUUCAUUACCUUGACUUUGCCUGGAAAUCUAUAGGGCAGGGCCCACCACCUUCCAAAGAAAUAAAAAAACAAUUAUUUUUAACAAAUGGAGGCAGUGAAAACUUGCUUAGGUAUUCUGUGUGAAUAUGGGAGCAGUAAAUAGAUCUCAUGCCAAAAUGGGAUAAAGACCCCACCCUCACAUAGCUUGGGUAAGGUUGGAGGGAAGCCAGUGAAGAAGGGUAGGGACCCAGAACAAGACCAAAUGGGGCUUUGGGGAAGGCACUUUGUGGGGUAAAAGCAUUGGAGCCACCCAGUCUAGUUUAAAAAUAGUCCCAUCUGUUCUGGUUUCUAUGUGCAUGUACUAUUCCCAGGUUGCCUUAGUAACCAGGGCUCCUAGGGUCAUUUAGGGGGGCAGGUACUAAGGAGGGUAGAGGUUCUGGGAAAUGGGAAUGAGAUAUGUAUUGACAGAUCCUUCUCCUAUUCAAACAGAGCAGGGCAGUUGGUGAUUGUUCUCUGAGUUGUUGAUGGGGGUUAAUGUCCCUCCUGCCCCAUCCGUUCCUCAGUAACCAAUGCCUUAAGCCUUCAAGGCUUGGGAGGUGCUGGGAAAAGGAGAGUUCUUCUGGGGACACAAGCCUCAGAGUUCAUCCCUUUCUUCCCUCUGCCUCCACGUAGGACCACAGAAGUUUUAAAUCUGGUUAAGAGUCAGUAAGGCCUAGGGCCCCAAUAGCCAAACCUCAGUUCCUCCUCAGCUCAUGGCUGAUGUAGGGGAAACAACUCAGGUGUCUAGUCUAAUGGGACAGUGGAUUUGGGGGUAGAGAAAGUGAUCCUGGGUUAUUCUCCCCCCAUCAUGUUUCCUGCUACCUCUUGCUCUCGUCUGGUUGAUCACUCAGGUUACACCUGGGGUUGGAGAUGGGCUGGCUAGGUCAAGGCUGGUCAUUAAAAAAAAAAAGAAUGGGCCUAAAGACUAAAAAUGGGCAAAUACUGAAGUAUUGUUUGUGGAUUUUAGAAACCACACAUUGAUAAGCUUAAUGUUGGUUUUCUGGCACAAUUUUGCAUUAUUAAAGAGAUGGUUUAUGAGCAUUUAGAGACAAAUGUGAUCAUAGAUACCAACAUGAACUCAUCCCAGCCAAAUGCUGACUGACUUUAUUUUCUCUUUGCCAAGUAUCUCUGAAGAGGUAGAUCUGGGAAACUGCAGACAUUGUGUGUCCUUUAUUAAGGUAUUCCAGCUAAAGACCACCAGGAAUAGACCUGUAGUUGAACAAGUUGUGUUUAUUGCUCCUUGCAGUGGUGGAGAGAGCAUGCCCUGGGGAACCGUGGUAUUUCAGCAAGAGGCUGUUAGAAAGAACUUGUAGGACUU